UCACAGGCUCUUAUAACACUUUAGAUGGCGAGUGACAAGACUUGGACAACAUUGAGAAAUCGUGCUUGUUAAGAAUAUUGGAAUGGUCUACAAUCUUUUUUGACGAUGGCCUUGGAACAUAAGGAUUCUGAUGAAAGAAUUAGGUGUCCAUGUGUCAAAUGCAUAAAUAAGAGGCUUGAGAUUUUACGUGUUGUCGAAGCACACGUAUUCGAUAGGGGUUUUUUAUCAAGGUUAUGAGAGGUGGAUUUAUCAUGGGGAAGCAGAACUAGAUAUUGUUGAUGAGGUGGUUGAUGAGGAUGAAGUCGACGAGAUGAUUCCCAUAGUGGAGGACUUCCUCUUACCAACAACUGAGCAAGUAGACAAUAAUUACGGUGCGAGUCAGUAUUACGACGAGUUGUUUGAGGAGAUUGAAGUUGAGUUGUAUCCUGGAUGUGAUUGGAUUUCUUCCCUUCACUUUUUAGCUAAGAUAUUACAUUUGAAAGUUAGAGGGGAGAUUCCUAACAACAAUUUCGAUGAAUUAUUGAAGUUGUUACAGCUUUCUUUUCCGAAGGGAAAUAAAAUUCCAUCAACGUACGACGAGGCUAAAAAGAGAUUGAAGAAAUUAGGGUUGGGAUACUAGUCGAUUCAUGUGUGCCAAUAUGCUUGCUGCUUAUUUUACAAAGAGCAUGCAAAUAAAGAGGAAUGUCCAGUUUGUGGAAGUAGUCGAUGGGUUAGUUUUGAAAAAACUAAAGGAAAAAAGGUGCCGCAUAAGGUGAAGCGUUACUUUCCAUUGACACCCCGGUUGAAAAGACUAUACAGUUCAAGGCUUACAGCGAAGGACAUGCUAUGGCACCACACUGGGAAAUCGAAAGAUGAUAGGGUGAUGCGACACCCGGUGGAUGGGACGGCAUGGAAGAACUUUGAUGCCAAUCAUCCUGCUUUUGCAAGUGAUCCUAGGAAUGUUCGUUUAGGCUUAGUUGCCGAUGGAUUUAAUCCAUUUAGCAACAUGAACCUAGCAUACAACAUGUGGCUUGUGGUGUUGGAAAACUAUAAUCUUCCACCUUGGUUAUGUAUGAAAGACAAUAAUUUGAUGAUGACCAUCCUUAUUCCUGGUCCAAAAUCACUGGGUAAGGACAUAGAUGUAUUUCUAAGACCAUUGGUGGAUGAGUUGAAAGAGUUGUGGGUUAACAGAGUUGUUACGAGAAAUAGUACAACCAACACUAUGUUCAAGCUGCGCGCAGCCAUUUUAUGGACAGUUAAUGAUUUUCCAGCUCUAAGUAGUUUGUCUGGAUGGAGUGGUCAGGGAUACAAAGCUUGUCCCACGUGUAAUGAAGACACAUCUUCCAUCCGAGUGAUCGGUAAGACAUCUUAUGUUGGUCACAGAAGAUUCUUGCCCAGUACACAUCGAAUGAGAAGGGACACUGAGUUCAAAGGCCAAAUUGAGGGAAGACGUCCUUCGAGACGAUUUAGUUGUGAGGACAUAUUAGAACAAGUGAACAACCUUCCACCCCAAGUUCCAGGAAAACACUUGCAGUUUGGAGGUGUGAAACGUAGAAGAGUUGCGGAAGACAGAAAUUGGAGGAAAAAAAGCAUCUUCUACGAGCUUGAUUAUUGGUGUACAAACAUUUUAAAACAUAACAUUGAUGUCAUGCAUGUCGAAAAAAAUGUGUGUGAUAGUCUCCUUUGCACAAUCUUGGACAAUGACAAGUCUAAGGACACCACUAAUGCAAGAUAUUAUUUGAAGAAGAUGGGAGUAAAGGAAUCAUUGUGGAUUUAUGAAGAUGAAAAUGGAAAGUUGAUGAAGCCGCAUGCUUCUUACGUGUUAACUCUUGUUCAGAGACAGCAAUUUUGUCAAUUUAUUAAAGAAGUGAAAUUUCCAGAUGGCUUUUGUUCAAAUUUGAAGAAAAAAGUAAUCGAGAAUGAAACAAAUAUCAUUGGGUUGAAAUCCCACGACUGUCAUGUUCUAAUGCAACGAUUAUUGUCAAUGUGUGUUCGCAAGUUUCUCCCAAAAGAUAUAUCGACCACCAUUUCUGAACUGUGCAAUUUUUUCAAGCAAGUAUGUUCGAGGAUUAUAAAUGUUAAAGAUAUGGAGGAAGCACAAAAAGACCUUAUUAUGAUAUUGUGCAAGAUGGAGUUGUUUUUUCCUCCUGCUUUUUUUGAUAUAAUGAUUCAUUUGGUCUUACAUUUGCCGAAAGAAGCGAUUUUGGAUGGACCGAUAUUUAUGAGGUGGAUGUAUCCUUUUGAAAGGUACAUGAAAAAAUUGAAGAACUACGUGGGAAAUAAAGCUCAUCCUGAAGGGUCAAUAGCUGAAGGCUAUGUUGCAGAUGAGGCUUUGACAUUUUGUUUGAUGUAUUUCAAAGGGGUUGAAACAAAAUUUAACCGUCUUGAUUGCAGUGAAGAUGUGGUGUAUGUCCCACGACACCUUUCUGUGUUUCAAUCUCAAUGUCGUCCCCUGACAAAGGGAACUCUCAAGCCUCUCGACCUUGUGACUCGUGAAAUGGUUGAAUGGUUCAUACUUGACAAUUCUCCCGAAAUUCAGGAUUACUUAGACGAACACGUAGAAGAGAUCAAACUGAAAUACCCAGAUGGUGAUCAUAAUUUUUUACACAAGAAAAUUUUUCGCCCGUGGUUUCAUAAGAAGGUAAAAAUGAGAUUAUUUUUAAACCUUUAUUCUUGUAAUGGUAUUUUUGUCAUUCUAAUAUAGGUUUAUUAAUUUAUUUAGAUAUA